UAAGAUAUACGCGUUAGCCAUUUUCACUAGUGGAUCAAAAACUCUCGCAAUGGGUUCUAGUAGUUCGAAGUCUGGAAAGCUGGUUCUGUACUAUGACGAACGAAGUGCUCCGUGCAGAGCUGUCCUUCUCACGGCUGCUGCCCUGAACAUCAAACUAAAGCUGAAACGAUUAGACCUCCUCGCCAAGGAGACUCUGAAUCCUGAUUUCGUCAAAAUCAACCCUCAACAUUGCCUGCCAACUUUAAAAGAUGGUGACUUUGUCCUUUGGGAGAGCCGCGCCAUUUUGCAGUACUUAGUGAACCAGUAUGGCAAAGCUGACAACGCUCUGUACCCUUUAGACCCAAAGAAACGAGCGCUCGUAGAUGCAAGGCUCAACUUCGAUGCAGGAUAUUUCCAUCCCAGGCUUGGUGCUUUUAUGAACAAAUUCGCCGCCGAAAAGGUUAGUGACGAGGAAUCAGUAAAAAAGCUGGGCGAAGCACUUGACCUGCUGAACACGUUCCUCGAAGGCAAUGAAUGGGUCGCUUGCGAAACUGCUACCAUCGCAGACAUCUCACUUGCUGCAGGGGUUUCUAAUUUAGAGCUAUUUGAACAAUGCAAAUUGAAGAACUAUCCCAACGUCGUGAAGUGGCUGCAGAAUUGCAAGAAAAAUUUGAAGGGAUAUGAUGAUGCCAACCAAAAGGGGAUUGACGCGCUUCAUGCUGGCAUUCAAAAAUUGAUGGCAUCAGAAAAUUGAAUAAAAUCCAUGUAUUACAAGGA